AUGGUGUCCCGAUUCGCGUACUUUGUUACAGCGCUGGUGGUUGGAACCUGGUGGUGUUGCAACGGACUUCCUUCGCCGCCGGUGACUACCCGUACUAACAUGGCCGAUAUUGUGGGUAUUAUACUGCACACGCACUUUCGAACACCGUUUGCUACGACGCUCGUGACGGUGCGAAGCGCCACCCAGGAAGGACAGUGGAGGUUGCUGGAUCUACUCGAACGGUUACUGGUCCGACACGGUCAAGGUCAGCUGGUGGUGCAGCUGGAAGCGAUUGGAACCGGCACCCAUCGGCAACCACCCUGGUCGCGUACUGUGCUGCUGGCGGAGAGUUAUGAUGCGCUGCGUACCGUCUUCCCGGAAGUGACGUUGGAUCGGUUCGAUUUCUCCGGCUGCUAUCUGAUCGUGCUGGAAGACGCACCAGUAACGCUCGGUACCGUCGAUCGCAUCUUUCACGAGCUCUGGAUGCGGCAGAUCGUGAACGUGGUCGUCGCGCUGCAACCUACCGACGAUCGAACCGGCCCGGUACAGCUCUGGACGUAUUAUCCCUUUUCGCCCGGUUUGUGCCGCAUCCCGAAACCCCAACUGCUGUUCACCUGGCCAAACGAUACCGUCCUGUACGGUGUGAACUUCUACCCACCGAAGAAUGUCCAGUUCCACGGCUGUCCGUUGCGGGUUGGUAGCUUCGAGACGCGCCCAUUUACGGUCCUUUCGGUGAGUUACGGGACGGCGGCAGGGACCGGGCCCACACUAUCCGGGUUCGAGGGCGAUCUGCUGCAAAGCCUGGCCCGACAGUUAAACUUCGAGGUGAAUGUGCGUGUGCCACCGCGCGACCAACAGUGGGGUGAUGCAGCGUUCGAGAACAGCACCGGCAUGAUGCGGAUGAUCUAUACCGAGGAGGUGGAUUUCGGACUUUCCUGUCUCGGGGUGUCGUACGAGCGUACUGCCAUGCUGAAGGCGGGCAAAAUACACUUCACCACCGAGCUAGUGGUGGUGGUACCACACGGUAUACCCUACACCGCCUUCGAGAAGCUGUUUCAACCCUUCCAGGUUAUGACCUGGCUCACGUUCGGGCUCUGCACCGUUACAGCGUUCGUCGUGGUUGCCGCGUUGCGGCUACUGCCCGAUGAUGGUACCCGAGCGACCGUCCGACGCUACAUCACCGGCAAACGACCACUUCGUUCACCCAUCCUGAAUAUUGUGCGCGUGCUGCUAGCUGUACCGCUACCUAUCACCCCGUUCGGUACCUUCCCACGCACGCUCCUAUUCCAAUGGAUGCUCGUUUCGCUGCUGAUGAACCUGCUCUACCAGGGUUCGAUGUUCCAGUAUCUUCAGCGUGCCUCAACGCACCCGCCAAUGAUGACGCUGGCCGAGAUCGAUCGUUCAGGCGCACUGUACCACAUCAGCAAGUCGGGACGCCGCUAUUUCGAACCGUUUCCCCAACGGCUGCACCGGUUACGCUACUUUCCCAACGUCCCGGACAGCAUUGCUGCCCGGCUGCGCUGGAUGGGUUCCCAUCCGGAAGAUCCGAACGUUGCGAUGUGUACGCGAGAUCACGUCGCUUACUAUAACGCGCAGCACAGCCGAACUGGUAGACAGCUGCUUAUUGCGCGCGAAAUGAUGGCCCUGUACACGGUUACCAUACUCUACCCGAAACGGUCCAUGCUCACCGACAGCUUCAACGAACACGUCGAACGGAUCGAUUCAUCCGGUUUGCUCAAGUACUGGUCUGGCCGCUACGGUGACUAUCAUUUUCUCGGCUCGCGACGACCCGACCGUCGUACCGAACCGACCCCGAUCAAUCUUAGGCAAAUCACCGGUGCAGUACAACUCCUGCUCGGAAUGCUAUUCGCCUCAACCGUAGUAUUUCUCGCCGAGCUUGGUUGGGCACGGCACACACACACAAGCACCAUUCCCGAACCAAUCAUUAAACCACUCAAAGAGUAUAUUAACUAA